UCUUUCUAUGCAUUCUUCUGUAUUUCUGGGUUCUAUUUAAUCCAGUAAAUGGCUACACAAUGAAACACUGCAGAAUCAGGGAAUCUCUAAACACGUCUGUGCUAUGUGAUGGCAGGAACCUCAAUGCCAUACCAGCAGACAUCCCAUUAUUGGUGAGAUCUGUAAACAUAGCAAAGAAUAACAUUUCACAGAUAAAAAGUGAGGACUUCAAAGAUUUAACAAUCCUCAAAAUGUUAAUAAUGUACAGCAACAUGAUUUCUCAUGUUGAGAAUGGGUCUUUUUCAGACCUGGUGGCUCUAGAGCAGCUGAAUCUGUCCUUUAACAAACUCAAAUCCCUCUCGGACCAAAUCAACAAACUGCAUUGUUUCAAGGAGCUUCAGCACAUUUUACAAUUGCCAAGCUUGCUGAAGUUGUUCAUUGGGAACAACAGCUUGAACUCUUUGCAGUCACAGGAAAUAUCAAAUAGGUCAAUAGGGCUGACAGAGCUGGAUCUAUCCAGGAAUCCUCUGGAGAUCUUCAGUGUCACAGCAGAUAUACUUCCCCAUUUUAAGAAACUAGACCUCUACAUCUGUGGCAUUAAUGGAAGCAUGGAAUGGGAUGAAGUGGACAG